AGUAAACAAUUUUGCCUUCCGGGAUUCGCACAGUUGUAAAAGAAGUGUUAAUACGGUAAAAUGGCUGAAAGGACAUCAUCGUCUACUGAGGACACUCUAGUUCGGUAUGAUAACCCGGUGUUACUCACGAAGAAACCUGAUAAAGAGCUCUCCCCGCGCGGGGCGGCGGCGGCGGCGCCGUGCAUGCCGACGGAGGCCAAGCGGGAGACGGAGGAGAUCCUCGACGCCAUCCUGCCGCCCAAGGAGUGGGAGGAGGAGGGGCAGAUAUGGACGCAGAAGAUAUCCUCAACCCCAGCCACCCGUCUCGACGUGAUCAACCUGCAGGAGAUGCUGGACACGCGGCUGCAGCAGCGCCAGGCGCGAGAGACCGGCAUCUGUCCCGUCAGGAGACAGCUGUACACGCAGUGCUUCGAUGAACUUAUUAGACAGGUGACAAUAAACUGCGGCGAGCGCGGUCUCCUGCUGCUGCGCGUGCGCGACGAGGCCCGAGUCACCAUGGAGGCGUACCAGACGCUGUACUGCAGCUCCAUCGCGUUCGGCAUGAGGAAGGCACUGCAGUCGGAGCAAGGGAAAUCGGACCUCAUGGACCAGGUAGCAAGACUCGAGGCUGAACGGGCCGAGCUAGAGAAGACGAGUCUAGAGUUGAAACAAAAGACGGAGCAACUGGAGCGUCGCGCCGCUGAGUUGAGGGCGGCUGAAGAGAAACGUCACCAGGAAGAACUACUGGCUUUGAAGAAGACUAAUGCUCAGCUUAAGGCUCAAUUGGAGGGUAUCAUAGCUCCAAAGAAGUGA